CUCUUUCGGAAGCAGGCGCGGAGGUGCCGACCGGGUCCUCCGAAGAGAACCAACACCGACUGCGGCACCCGCCGCCUCCACGGAGGCGUGCGGUUGGGAGAAAAAGGCGCCUGCGCCCUGGCGCGAAACUGCAACCGCCCACCACCUGGGAUCGGCGGCAGCCAGCGUGGCGGCCGCCCAAGAAGCCUGGGCAACAGCAAGUGAAGCACUAUCACUACGUUUGGUCCCAGUCCUGGACAGCGGCCGAGCGCGAAGCCCUCCACGCAGCAGCGGGAAGCGGGAGGCCAGCGCUGCUCUCUGUGAAAGCCCGCCGCCGAAGGCGGCGGGCCGAGGGGCACGAACGCGAGGCUGCCCUCCAGGUGCCCGGCUUUUGUGAAGGGGCCUUGGGACACACAAACAAAUAUACACAAAUAACAGGAU